UCAAAAUGGCGACCUUGUAUUCAGCAAAGACAGGUAAUCUGGAUUCGAAAGGGUCUGGGGAACAAAUAAAAGCAAUAUUACGUCGAUGUAGAGGUCGGCCUAGACUAUCUGACUCAGACCGAGCUCAAAGACGACUUGAAUCGCGGAAAAAGUACGAUGUUCGACGAGUGUAUCUCGGAGAAUCGCACAAGGUUUGGAGUGACCUGCGCCGGCGAACUAGCUUGAGUGACGCUGGACUUGCUGAGUAUUUAAUCUUGUUGAAUUCAACCUACGGCGAAAGAUACCAGCAAAAAUACGGCGCGAAGAAGAACAUUCCAGAAAUGUGCAGGAAUCAGAAAAAGGGGAAGAAGGUGUCCAUUACUUCUUUGCAGAGCUUAGUGAGCUGGUACCAGGAGCAUUGCCAGACAUGUCCCCAUGAGCCUGAACUGCGGGCAGUAGAACCAAGAUUGGGUCUGUCCACGUCCGUACUCUGGCAAUGCGAGGCCGAACAUUCCUUUGUACAGCACAUCUCUUGGCCUGCAGGGGGCAUCAGUGAAUCUGAGGUAGAUGAUGAUGCUGGGGAAGAAGUUGAGAAGAAGAGGGCUGCUAAAACAGUGGCAACAGCUAUAGACAUCAGCACUAGGGCUGGUGAAAGAAUACUCAACCAAAAGGAGCUGCCAGAUGUGGCAGAUGAGUUGGAGAGUGCCACAGCACAUGUGGAAGAAGUGUCGCAUCAGAUGUCCUCAACACCACUCGCUCAGCUGCCCGGGGCCCCAGAAGCUCACCACCUCCCUGUCACGUCCACACGCCCACUGAGGAACCAGACCAUGUGGGAGGUAGAGGUUGACAGAGAGGCAGAGCUUACCAUGCUCAAGGCUGAAAGUGGAACCCUGAGCCAGGAGGCAGUAGCAGAUGGCUUCCCUGUGGAGGAAGUAGGUGACCUCAAGGCUGGAGCUGAAGGAGGGUGUGGGACUGUUCCAGAGGGUUACGAGUGUGUGGUGGUCACAGCGGCUUUGGCGGACAGGCUUGAAGGGGCGGAUGGGGCCAGUCUCGUGAGUGGCUGUGAGGAAAGCGGAGCAGAAGUGCACUCGGGAGACGUGGCUCAUACACCGAUAGCAGUAGCCCCAGUACAGGAAGAGCUUUAUGAGAGCCAGGCACUGCAGAGCAUGGUGGGCCGCUGUGAGCUUCCAGAUCAGCGUGCCACACUGGAAGGAUCUCAGCUGAUCAUAAUCACAGGUCCCAGUUAUGAAGCUCUAACAUCUGAAGGCAUUCAGCUCAACAUGGGGGGUGGAGAUGUGGAAGAAGUCACAUGCACAGUCAUUGAGGGUGUGGCUUAUAAUCAGAUGUGUCAACCAGGGACAGUUCUCCGGAGCAGCAUCCCAGAGACAGAUGCCAUGACAGACCUGAGUGAAAAGCAGUUGUUGGAGUCCAGUGAGGAAUCACACAACCAGAGAGCUCUGCAGCGUGUGCUUAACAGGUCUAAGAGAAGCCGUAGAGGUCCAGUCAUUGAGGCUGAUGGCAUGCUGAAGAUGUUCCACUGUCCUUACGAGGGUUGCAGCCAGGUGUAUGUGGCUAUCAGCAGCUUCCAGAACCAUGUGAACCUGGUGCAUAGGAAAGGCAGAACAAAGGUCUGUCCACAUCCAGGGUGCGGGAAGAAGUUCUACCUUUCCAACCAUUUGCAUCGCCAUAUGAUCAUUCACUCAGGAGUACGAGACUUCAUAUGUGAGACGUGUGGCAAGUCCUUCAAACGCAAGAACCAUUUAGAGGUGCACAGACGCACUCACACAGGAGAGACGCCAUUACAGUGUGAGAUCUGUGGCUACCAAUGUCGGCAACGGGCAUCACUCAACUGGCAUAUGAAGAAGCAUACAACCGAGGCACAGUACAACUACACCUGCGAGCACUGUGGCAAGCGCUUCGAGAAGCUUGACAGCGUCAAAUUCCAUAAGCUCAAAAGCCACCCAGACAAACAAACUACUUGAGAUGUAUAGCAAGAGGUGCAGCAAGAAAACAGAAAAGAAAUCAUGAGGGCCUGUGUUGGCACCUGUUUUAAUUAGGCUAGUGAUCGGUGGUCAAAGUCCCCUGUUUUGGUACAGUGAAUAACUCCACAAGGGUUGGAGAUGAAGAAGUAAAAGGAAGAGAGGAUGAAAGCAUAAAGGAAGGACUUUAGAACCUGCGCUCAAAAGCAGUUAAUGACCGUGAGAAUUAAACCAAAGAGUUUGUCCAUUUUGGACAUAUUUUGACUGCAUGCUGUGCGGGACGCAGCCUCCAUGGUUCAGCUCUGAGCUCUGUUUUUAUUUCAUUUUAUAUGGACAUUUGCAUUCUGUUUUGUAUGCUGUUGUCCCACUCUGUAGCUCAUAUGACAUUGCCUGUACCUUUGGGUUUCUGGGUGAAGGACAGCUCACCACUAAAGGACAGCCUGAAGAUUAAAAAAAAAAAGAUAGAUGUCAAACCUGUUCUUAGCUGUUCUAUAAGCACAUUGAUGAUUGUUGCAGUGCAGUUUGUAAGAAAUUUGAUCAUUUUAAAAGUUUUUUAUGGUCUUUGUUUUUUUACUUCAUCACAUUUUAUUUGAAAUGAGAAAAAUGAAUGAUGUUAUGGUGCAGAAUGCUUUAAUUAGAGGGUAUUUAUGUAUAUAUUUUGAUUGAAACAUAUAAGGAAUCUCAGUCCUUUUAUUUAUUUUUCCCUCAGGACAACAAAUGAACAAAUGACUGGUUGUUUCUUGGCCAGAUGUGUGUUUUUACAGAUCACACACAAGCAAGUGUGAGAGAGUUGAUUCUGGAUAUUACAUGUGGAGUCUCUGGCAGUUGUUCCUCAACAUGAGAACCAAAGGCUUGUCAGUAGCAUUAAAAUGGGAGUUAAUUUCAUGAAAUUGAGAAAUUAGAGCAAGUCAACCAGAGAAUUAGCAAUUUACCAGAGAAUUAGCAGUUUUCACAUUAAGAUAUUGAAACAUUUCCAUGUUAAGAGCAUCAAAAUUGUGUGUGGUACAUUGUUUAAAAAACAAAAACAAAACAACAAAAAAAAAACAAAAUCAAUGCAAUAUCGGAUAACCUGGCAAACCACAGAAAACCAGUGCGUGACUGAAAAAUAUUUUCACUCAUAAAGAAAGACUCGGAUCAAGAACACUAUCUGGGAUAUAGGGUUAGAGGUGUGGAAGAUACCCAUUUAGAGAAAGGUAUAAGAUGCCAACUGCUAGAAAAAGCCUGUGAAUGCUGACAAUGGUCUGAAGUGUGCUACUACAGUUGCAAAU